AUGCCACUGUCCUUUAUACUUACAGCUGCUCAAGAGAAUCAAGAACAGAGAUCAAAUUCAAGUCAGAAGGAGGCACUUUCAACUGUUGCAAAUAGAUUUGAACUGCAAGAGGUCUGUCAUAACAACCAUAAUGAUUACUAGUUGGUUAUUAUGAUCCCAGAUAAAUCAUGUAGGAAGGUAAUGUUCAAACGUGCAAAUUCUUAGAUUCACAAACAUCAGUCUCCACUUCUAGAUCCGAGUGCUAAAUUUAUACUCACAUCAUAACUCACUGAAAUGUACAUGAUUAACAUACAGCUUUUCCUUUUUCCUUUUCACAAGAUCUUUAAACUCUUUUGUAUUUGUUUUUAUGGCAGAGACUCAUGAAUGCAGCAAAGCAGAAAAGGAAAGAAUCCCCAUAUGACAAGUUGCGGCAAAGAGUGGUGGACAUAUUAGAUGACAUGUUCAGGUAACAUUGAAGAUCAGUAAAGAGUACAGAAGAAAAAUAUUGCAGAACAACUAAAUUAAUAGUCAAUACAAUAACAAUAAAUUAAUUUGCUAUUUUUUUUUAUCAGAAAAUACCUGUCUUGUCCACGUAACCUGCCACUGAAUGAAGUUAUGUACUAUGACAAUGUACAAACAACAAGAAAGGUUUGGAUGCAACUUUUGUUUUAUUAUUUUUUAAUUUUAUUUGAGUUUAUUUGCACCCUAAUUUUUACUUUUAACGUAUAUUUUUACUUGACUGUUUUUUACCUUUUACCAGUGUAUGAUUAAGUUUUAUCAGAAACCCAUAACCCCUUAUGAGUUUCUGGUUUUAUAAUAAUUAUUAUUAUUGCAUUUUGUAUGUACUGUGCCAUCUUUUCUUAGUUAUGCUUAGUUCCCAGUUAUGUGUUUCAUAUUAAAUGAAUUAUUGUACUGAACACUGGAGUGCUGGAAUGUAUUGAACAGGUGUGCACUGAACUUGUAAAUAAAAAAAAUGAGUGUCAGUGUAUUUAGAACAAAAGCGCUAGUAAAGGACACUAUACAUCCCCUACUGGAGACAAGACCACCAUUUUACGUGGUCUUUGGAGCCAUGUGAAGGUCAAGCCAUUUGCAUGGCAAAGGCUNGUAUGAUUAAGUUUUAUCAGAAACCCAUAACCCCUUAUGAGUUUCUGGUUUUAUAAUAAUUAUUAUUAUUGCAUUUUGUAUGUACUGUGCCAUCUUUUCUUAGUUAUGCUUAGUUCCCAGUUAUGUGUUUCAUAUUAAAUGAAUUAUUGUACUGAACACUGGAGUGCUGGAAUGUAUUGAACAGGUGUGCACUGAACUUGUAAAUAAAAAAAAUGAGUGUCAGUGUAUUUAGAACAAAAGCGCUAGUAAAGGACACUAUACAUCCCCUACUGGAGACAAGACCACCAUUUUACGUGGUCUUUGGAGCCAUGUGAAGGUCAAGCCAUUUGCAUGGCAAAGGCUAUUCAACUUUCAUUCCAUAAUUAUUUUAAAACAUUGAGUAUAAGCUAACCUAGCUAAUUCUGCCAUUGUUAACAUUUAAUGUUUACUCUGCAGUCAAGUCAUGUGAGAAAAUUUGAAUCAUUGUUUUGUCAUUGAUUAUAGCAUUUGGUUGGAAUGCCUCGUGUUGCUAUCCAGACAGCACUCAGCAAUCCUCAGCAUUAUCUUCAGGUCAGAAUUUGCUUGAUACAUGAUGUUAACACAUUUGAUUUGCAAGAAAGAAGCAUGACUGGAAAGUCAGAGGCGAGAGAUAAACCAUAGGCUAAAAUUUUCUUCUGUUGAGAAACAGCUCUUCUUUUUUCUUAUUUUCAGUGUCAAUGUUGUCAGACAGAUGUAGGAACGGUGCAGGAUACUUUACCAGACAUAUGCAUAGCUUACAAACUUCACCAGGAGUGUGGCAGGUUGAUUAACCUCUAUGACUGGCUUCAGGUAAAUAAAUGCACAUCAUAAAAAUUUUGAUGUCACUUUAGAUUAGCUGUUGGCUCUUAACCCUAAAAGCCAAUUGGUUUGAUACCCUAACUGUGAAACAAUGGGAAAUAAUGAUAAACAAUGUGUUAUUGUUUUCUGUGACCAAUGAGGAAGCACCUUACAAGCAGCUCUAACAUUACUGACUGUCUGGGGAGGUUCCAAUGUAAGCCAGACCCAUAGGAUCUGUAAGUAACUUAUUUCUGCUUGGAGUCUGAGAGCCUACCAUACCUUUUGUAUCCAAGUGACAAACAUUUGACAGGUUGUCACACUUCUUAUUUUGAUGCUCGAAAGCCCUCUUUUUUUCUCAGGCAUUUAUAGCCGUUCUUGAGCCCUCAACAGAACAGCAGUCCUCAAAAGGCACACCAAAGAAGAAACAGAAAACAGAUGAACAGCUUCAGUAUCUUUUUUUUUUUCAUUAAUUUAAUUCCUUACCUAACAGUUGUGUAAGUGUCUGAAUUGCCCUGCAGGCCCUCGGCAGUUUCUGGCAUGUUGAGACCUCUAAUGCAUGUUUCUUUGAAAAAUUUCCAAAGUAACAAUUAAAGUUUCUUAAUUUGCCUUAACCUUACUUACAGCGCUCGCUUCAUUCAAGCAGUCUCUGAACUACAAUUUUUAGGAUUCAUCAAAUCAACUCGACAGAAAACUGAUCAUGUACAAAGGCUCACAUGGGGUGCCUGUUGA